AGUGUGCGCUGCCCUCAAAUUGCUGCCUUUUUUCUACAUUUGAAAUCUUUGUUCGAGGCCGAGAAAAAUGUCGUUGACCAAUCAGCUCUCUUCUUCGAUGAUCUCUUCUUCUUCAUCCACAUUUUUGGCCCCUUCAAAUUUACAUCCCAGACAUCGAAAUGCAUCGUUUCCAAUUGCUAAAAGGAUCAAUUUUUGCAAAUGUGACGCUUCUCCAACAGAAAAGAUUGAAUAUAAGACAAGCGUUUCAAGGAACUCAAAUAUGUCCAAACUUCAGGCUGGGUACUUGUUUCCAGAGAUUGCCAGAAGAAGAUCUGCACAUUUGGUGAAAUACCCAGAUGCACAAAUUAUAAGUCUUGGGAUAGGUGACACAACUGAGCCAAUUCCAGAAGUUAUUACUUCUGCAAUAGCCAAGAGAGCUCAUGAGUUGUCCACAAUAGAGGGUUACAGUGGUUAUGGUGCCGAACAAGGUUCAAAGCCACUUAGAGCUGCAAUUGCUAAAACAUUCUACGGUGGGCUUGGCAUAGGGGACGAUGACAUUUUUGUCUCUGAUGGUGCUAAAUGUGACAUAUCACGUCUCCAGGUUAUGUUUGGUUCCAAUGUUACAAUUGCAGUCCAGGAUCCUUCAUACCCGGCUUAUGUCGACUCCAGUGUUAUUAUGGGUCAGACCGGACAGUUUAACACCGGUGUCCAAAAGUAUGGGAAGAUUGAGUACAUGAGAUGCACUCCAGAGAAUGGCUUCUUUCCUGACUUAUCCACUGUUGGUCGAACGGAUAUAAUAUUUUUCUGUUCUCCAAACAAUCCUACUGGUGCUGCAGCCACGCGAGAGCAGCUAACACAGUUGGUUCAGUUUGCAAAGAAGAACGGAUCAAUUAUAGUCUACGAUUCUGCAUAUGCAAUGUAUAUGUCAGAUGACAAUCCGCACUCCAUCUAUGAAAUCACCGGAGCUGAGGAGGUGGCGAUUGAGACAUCUUCCUUCAGCAAAUAUGCAGGGUUUACUGGAGUGAGACUUGGUUGGACUGUGAUCCCAAAGCAGCUGCUGUAUUCAGACGGAUUCCCCGUUGCUAAAGACUUCAAUCGUAUAGUCUGUACUAGCUUCAACGGUGCAUCUAAUCUCUCCCAAGCUGGUGGACUUGCUUGCCUCUCCCCUGAAGGGCUUGAGGCAAUGCGCAAAGUGAUUGGAUUCUAUAAAGAAAACACGAACAUAAUCAUGGACACAUUCACUUCUCUUGGUUACAAUGUGUAUGGAGGAAGGAAUGCACCGUAUGUUUGGGUAGAGUUCCCGAAGCAGAGUUCGUGGGAUGUGUUCUCCGAGAUUCUAGAGAAGACACAUGUGGUUACAACACCGGGAAGUGGCUUCGGACCUGGAGGUGAAGGGUUUGUUCGGGUUAGUGCCUUUGGGCAUCGAGACAACAUAUUAGAGGCAUGCAGAAGAUUCAGGCAGCUCUACAAAUGAAGAAACAAUAAUCAUCUCCAUCUUUAAAAAAAAUUUACAUGAAGCUGAAGUCGUAGAUUGAUUACAAAAAUGUGACUGUUCUUUAUUAUUAUGUUCCCCUUUCGUCUCGAGCUAUAUGCAGAAACAAAUGUAUGCCCAAAUAAAUAGACUCAGCUGAAAAUUGGAUAAAAUUUGGGAUACCUUA